GCCCCGCCCCCGCCGCAGCCACCGCUCGGGCCGCACCUACGGGGCGGCAGCCGGGGCCAUGCUGGGCAAGGACUACAUGCUGGCCAUCAUCCUCGUCAACUGCGACGACAAUCUCUGGAGUGACCAGAGCCUGGAGACGGACCCUGACCUUCCUCCCGGCUGGAGAAAAAUCCAUGACUCUCUGGGCACCUACUACUGGCACGUGCCCACAGGCACAACACAGUGGCAGCACCCUGCUCGCUCUACCAGCCCAGGAGGGUGCCUGGAGGCUGAUGAAGAGGAGACGCUCCAAGAAACGGACUGCCAGGCCUCUGUGGUGAAGCACACAUCAAAAGCCAGGCCUGUUCCCAGCCCCAUGGCCUCGCUGACCAGGAGGACCUCGCUGACAUGGCAGGGAGAUGACUUCCAACAGUGUGGCGCAGAGCCCAGCUCCAAGUGCUUUGCUGUGCGUUCGCUGGGCUGGGUGGAGAUCCCCGAGGAGGACCUAGCGCCUGGCAAGAGCAGCAUUGCUGUCAACAACUGCAUCCAGCAGCUCUCCAACAGCCAGGGCCGAGGCUCUGCAGACAGCUGGGGAGAGGGCCAGGACCUGGUGAUGAUCCUGAAGAAGGACACCAUGAGCCUGGUGGACCCUCUGGACCACAGCCUCAUCCACUGCCAGCCCAUCCUCAACAUCCGCGUCUGGGGCGUCGGCUGCAACAAGGGCAGGGACAGGGACUUCGCCUUUGUGGCGAGUGACAAGGACACCUGUGUGCUCAAGUGCCACGUCUUCCGCUGCAACGUGCCCGCCAAGGGCAUCGCCAAGGCACUGCACGGGAUGUGCUCCCAGAUCGUGGCGGAGCGCGCAGCAGCCGGCAGCGGACCUUCACCGCACAGCGCCGCGCUGGAGCCCAUCUCCGCCGCAACGUGGCCCCUGCGUACAGCGGACGUCCAGGACGCCGUAGGGAGGCCGCCCCGGCGCUACGAGGCGUUGUACAUCGGCAGCCGGCCCGUGCCCAGGGCCAUGGGUAAGGUCGCCCCGCCGCGCCGCGCCCCGCCCCGGCCCGCAGCGGGCGGGGAGCACCGCGCGCCUCUCCCCGCAGGGAUGGACGUGCUGAACGCCGCCAUCGAGCAGCUGCUGGCGGGCCCCGGGCGGAACAGCUGGACGCCCGCCCACGUCUGCGUGUCCGACACGGCCGUGCGGGUGCGGCGGGCGCAGGUGGGACCGGGGCGGGGCCGGGGGGGGCGCGGCGGGGUCGAGGCGGGGCCGGCGCGGCGCCCGCAGGAGGAGGACGAGGCGCACGUGUGGCAGUGCGAGGUGCGCUACGUCACGUUCCUCGGCGUGGGCCGCGACGCGCACACCUUCGCGCUGAUCGCCGACACCGGGCGGCGCUUCCAGUGCGCGGCGUUCUGGUGCGAGCCCGACGCGGGCACCAUCUCGGAGGCGGUGCAGGCAGCCUGCAUGGUGAGCGGGGCGGCACGGGGCGACGGGGAAGCGGAUCCGGAUCCGGAGCCGCCCGCCGCCACGCCGCCCGCGUCCCCGCAGGUGCAGUACCAGAAGUGCCUCGUGGCUGCCGCGCCGGGGCCGAAGGCGAAGCGCGCGGCCGCCGCGGGGGCGAAGGCGGGCGGGGGCAGCGGCGGCGCGGCGGGGCCCGGUCCGCGGAAGCGCGGGGUGCUGUCGCUGCUGGAGGCGUUCCGCCAGCGGCAUGCGCUGCUGCACCUACCCUAACGCGGGCCCGCGGGGCUCGGCCGGACCGCGCCCCUCCGCCGCCCGCCAAUAAAGCUCCGCAUUCAGC